AGUUAUUUAGCAAAUUUGCCGAUAAAGAAUUUCCUUUCCCAAAAAAAAAAACUAUUAGACUCGUCAGAAGUAGAAAGUAACCCCUGCAAGUCUGCAACCGAUUCUUCAAGACAACAAUGGAUUAUAUCUUGAACGUCAACAACAAUGGCAGAAGACAACGCAGAAGAUUAAACAACCAAGAAGAAGACCGAUUUAACUCACUUCCUGACGUCAUCCUCACCGAGAUUCUCUCUUCCCUCCCAAUCAAUUCCGCCGCCACCACCUCCGUCUUAUCUCGCCGGUGGCGCCACCUUUGGACUAGAGUUACAAGGUUUGAAAUCGACUUUAGUUCCUCCACGAAAACUUCACGGAAUAUCCUCUCAAUCGUCGGCGACAUCCUACAACAGCUGACCACCCCGAAACUCAAUACCUUUCAUCUCGCUUUACCGUCGGAAUCCAACUUAGAUGAUCCUGAUGCAACAGAACCCUGUUUUCGUGAAGUCUUUCGCCGAAAUGUGGAUGAAAUCAUUUUCAAUGCCGGAUUCCGGAGUUUCUUUCGAGUACCGGCUGCUUGUGUGUUUGAUUCUCAAACUCUGGUAAUUUUAAAAUUGAUUGGUAUGCUUAAGAUUGAAUUGCCUAAAAACGUAGCUAUUCAACUUCCUAAUUUGAAGAAACUUAGUUUGUGCUACCUUCUUGAUGUUCCUCUUUGGUUACGGACGAUGUUUCAAUCUUGCCCAGUUUUGGAAGAUUUACAUUUGAGUUUUGAUCUGAUCUCUUUACCCCAACCCCAGAAUGAACCUUCUUUGGUGAAUAUAAUUUCUCCCAAUUUGAAAUCAUUAGAGUUGCGUAUGAAUUCCUGGAGUCACCUAGAACGGAGCAAGAUAUCAAUUGAUGCGCCCAAAUUGGCAAACCUUAGAAUUCGUGAUUACAAUUCGUUUUAUUACUUUCUCCAGAAUCCGAGCUUGUUAGUUAAUGCGUGUAUUGACUUGAAGGGGGAUUCAUCCCUCGAGUUCAAUGGGGAAGAACCAGAGGAGGAAGAUUCAAGAGAGGAAGAGGAUAAUUAUGUAAACCAGAUGUGUAAGUUUUUUGGAAAAAUGUCUAGUGUUGGCAGCCUUGAGCUAGAUGUCAAAAACCGUACAAAUAUAUUCACUCACCUUCAUUCUGUGAAUAUCCCAAUCUUUCAUAAUCUAGUGCGUUUGAAAACAAAUUGUUUAAAGGAUUUGCUGCAUUCUUUACAAUACUUUCCUAACUUGGAGCAUUUUGAGGUGAGCUUGUGGUUGGAAGAUAAUGAUCUCCCAAUGGAGAAGAGGAAUUGGUGUACACCGGAUUCUGUACCGGAUUGUUUGGCGAAUAAGCUGAAGACAAUACAAAUAGGGGGACUUAAGGGGAUUGGUGAUGACCUUAAGUUGGUAGAGUACAUUCUAGGUAAUGCAAUGGUGUUGGAAAAGCUUUGUAUAGAGGUUCGUAUCAAGGUGGAAUAUGAGAAAGCAGUGUGGAAGGAAUGUAUGUUCUGUAAGUCCUUGUUCAGUCUUCCAAAGAGCUCAUCAAAUUGUGAGAUUGUGGUUUCAGGAAGAAGUGUCACAGCAUCAGGUGAUGUUUUUAAAAAUGAACACCUUACAUGUAAUGUGCUCCUGGAUUGAUUAGUGUUUACAUAUGCAACUUGACAAUGUAGGUAUUGACUACUCAACUCUUUUGAUUUUUGGUGUAUGUAUAUGAUUUGGUUUAUGCUUA